UAAGAACCUUAUAAUUAAUAUUACUUUAUUUCAAAGAAAAAACUGGAAAAAAAUUGAGAGAAAAAAAAUAAAAUAGGACCAGAGAAUCCAAGGGCAAAUGAGGGCAGCGCCAUGCCAGAACAACAAACAAUGCAGCACAUAAAUGAUUGAGUGAGCAGCCACCAUACAUCUUUUGCCUCCAACUACCUUGGAUGAACAUGAGAAGUUUUACAUAUUACUUGGGAGACCUAGAACUACCGGGCCAUAAAAAAAAAUUCACCUUAAUAUUUGGAGCAAGCUAAGGUAUGCUAAUCUGGAGUCCAAUAUGGUGUUUAAGUACCUACGAGUCUAGGAAGGUUGAUGAUGCAUGCAGGGGGUGCUAGCUAUAGAUACAGGGGAAUGAGCUUGUUCCACCCUCAACCAAAAUUUCCAGAAAAAGAGGGGGAAAAAAGAAAUAGAGAAAGAAGGAAGUGACGUUCGAGACUCUGAAAAAGCAAGAAGAACCUCUGAUCGAAGCGCCUAUAGUGUUGGAUAAGAUAUUUCCUCUACAACAUCAUACAAAUGACUGUAGAACACAAAUCACCCUUGAUGAGUUCUAAUAGGCAGAUUCGAGUGCGAAAUCAGAAGUUAAUACAUAAGUUCGCCUUAGCAGUCUUCAAGACAGAGGAAGCGCAAAUCCUCGCUUAAUGUUAAAAUGUGAAAUGAAACUCAAUACUUUCUCAAAAGAACAAAGGACAAGUUUACCAUUGAACUAGCUUCUGAUUCGCAUAUACUGAUGAAAUGCAAAUUCAUUUCCAUAUCCUCAAGAAUAUAGUCUUGCUACAAUUGUAGUCAGUGAUUGUGACACAUUACCAAACGACAUCUAAAGCAGACUUUUCUGUCCGAUAUAAUUUUAAAGUGAUUUCAAAAGCCUCACUACAAGAAAACUCACAUUAUUGUUUAUACAACUAGUGAGAGUACCCACAAAUUGUUCAUACUAUAUAGCACUGCGUAUGUAAGCUACCAGCACUCACAAAACUCAGGGUCGACAAUCGUAAGAGAGAAUCAAUAAUUCAAAAUGGAAACAUUCAUUAUCAAUAUCAUUUGUUUCUCUGUUCUUAUAACACUUCUUUCAACAAUACUAAUUUGGAAGAAACAGCAAUCAGCCCCAGAGAAACGGCCACCAUCCCCAUGGAAGUUGCCAAUAAUUGGACAUUUGCAUCUUUUAAAGGGUGCUCUGCCCCAUCAUAUUCUCAGAAAACUCUCUCAGAAGUACGGUGCUCUGAUUCACUUACAGAUGGGAGAGGUACCAACAAUCGUCGUGUCAUCCCCGCGAUUAGCCAAAGAGAUACUGAGAACUCAAGAUGCCAUUUUCGGUAACCGGGGAGAGAUUCUGGCUGGGAAGAUUAUCGGCUACAAUUGUGCAGAUAUUGCCUGUGCUCCAUCGGGCGAUCAUUGGAGACAAAUGCGAAAAAUCUGCACUUCGGAACUUUUCAAUGCUAAAAAUGUUCGGUCAUAUGGAUCAAUUAGGCACCAGGAAGCUUACAGUGUCAUCAGAUCUAUCAAAGACCAUGUUGGUAGUUCAACACAAAUUAAUUUAACAGAGAAACUGGAACAAUACACUAGUUCCAUGGUUGUCAGAGCAGCAUUCGGAAAAGUUAGUAGGGAUGAUAAAACGGCUUUCUUAGAGCAAAUCAAGGAGUUGUUGCCUCUUUCCAGUGCCUUUGAGAUUUCUGAUCUGUUCCCAUCUAUAAAGUUUCUACAUCCUUUCUUUUCCAACAAGAAUAAAUUGAUGGCAAUCCAUCACAAGCUAGAUAGAGUGUUGGACAGCAUUAUCGAUCAGCAUCUCGAAAGAAACUUGCCCGGUUCACGGCCGUCCUCCACCAGUGAACAGCAAGGUAAUGAAGAUCUAAUUGAUGUUUUGCUGAGGGUGAAGGACAACGAUGACCUGCAAGUUCAAGUCACAAAGAAUAACAUUAAGGCCAUUAUGAUUGAUGUUUUUGUUGGGGGAACUGGAACUUCAGCCACAACUGUUGAGUGGGCAAUGGCUGAAUUGAUUCGACAUCCUGAGGCGAUGGCCAAGCUACAGAAGGAGAUAAGGGCAUCUCUUAAGAAGAACAAAACAGUUGAAGAGUCAGACAUCCAAGAACUCAACUACCUAAAACUAGUUGUUAAAGAAACACUCAGGUUACACCCUCCGGUCCCUCUGUUGCCUCCAAGAGAAAACACGAUGCAAACUGAGAUUGAUGGCUAUACAAUCCCGGUCAAAACAAGAGUCUUAGUUAAUGCCUGGGCUGUCGGAAGAGAUCCCAGUUAUUGGGAUGAUCCUGAGAGCUUCAAACCAGAGAGGUUCGAAAACAGUGGCACCGAUUUCAGCGGAAAUCACUUCGCGUAUAUACCAUUUGGCUCAGGGAAAAGAAUGUGCCCAGGAAUGUCAUUUGGCCUCGCCAAUGUCUAUCUUCCAUUAACUCUUUUACUCUACCAUUUUGAUUGGAAACUCCCCAAUGGCCUCAAGCCAAAUGAUUUAGACAUGGCAGAGAGCGUUGGUCUCGCUACAUCAAGAGUAAAACCCUUACUCUUGAUUCCAACAUUGUACGAGCCUUCCCUUUAAAAUGUACGGCCAAGACUGUUGCAAACCAUAUUCAUGAAGUCAAAGUACGAUAUUCUGGUAACCUGCGCAAUAUGGCUGUUAACAUUAUCCAUCUUUCUUUCUUUCUACUUCUUUUCAUUCUGAGCUGAUAUUUUAUACUAACUCAAAGGGUUGGAGAUGCUUAAUCAAUUUAAUGAACAACGAGUCAAAGGGUCUUUAACGUAGGUGCAAUAAGAUGGCACUUGUUGGAGAAAACUGGUGCUAAGAAAGUGAUUUAAUGAACGAAGCUCCCAAGAAGAACAAUCUCGAUAUAUGGAAAUAUGGGCAACUGACGCUGUCUUAUGUGGGUUAAGGAUCAUUCCAAAAUGUCGCGAUCGAUACAUUGAUUUGGUCACAGAAUGGUUGUUUUUAAAACUUUCUACGUUGGCAUAGAAAUUGAUGGAAGAUUGAAACCUAAAUUAGAAGAAAUUGAAGUAAAAAAAUCCAUAUGUGGGCAUACCCGUUGACUAAGUCCAGGUCGACGGCUCCACAGCAAUUUUACUACUUCCUCGUCUUAGUAGGCAAAAAAACAAUGUCCAAAUUCAUAUAUAAAAUUGUCCCUAGAAAAUAAUAUAGUUUCAUAACCAUCCAAAUUUUUUUGGUUAAAAUGUACUCCCUCC